AAUACCUUCAGAAAUGCUUUAGGACACAUAAACCCCACCCCAACCGGAAAAUACAUCAAAAUUCAGAGAAAUGGAGGCCCAGGGCGAGAAUGAAUCAUCGGGCCAAGCGGCCAAACCAAAUGACGAAACGGUAGGCAAGUGCUGUUUUAUGAUAACCGUGGGAAGUGAUGGACUCAUCGAGAUCAGCUCACUUAAUCAUGAAGGCAAGAAGCCCCAAAGCGCAAAAGACAGUAGUAACUCGCCACUGACGAAUGCGUCCACGGCGGCCAAGGAACAGUGCAUAGCUGUGCUAAAAGGGGAUUCAAAUGACAUCGAUGAUGAUUCAACUAAAAGCCUGGAGAAGAGCCAGAAUGCAAAGUCCAUAGAGGAGAUCCAGAAAACCGGAACUUUGCCGCCUUUCGUGAAGAUCUGCAACAAAGAUCUGGCAAAUAGGCCUUCCUUCGUGGUGCUCGAGGAUGCCUCGGCUAGGAGCAGGAUUAAACAGGACAUGGAACAGUCGAAAGAAGAGCACUCUGUAAAGUGCCAGGCUCAGCAGACCUCGGUGUCCUACUCCAUUUCGAGCACAGGAUCUCAGACUGAUAAAGCUUUUCCGCAAUAUCCCACCAGCAACAACGGCACCCAGAAAGGCUGUACUGUACCACCCGCUCGGAUUUCAUCCCUGCAAGCUGCAGCCCAGGUCCGCCAAAAACUAUCAAGUUUGAGUCGCGAGCAAACGCAUCCGCAUCCGCAGCCACAACACCACUUGUCCUUGCUGCAGCAUCAGAAACUGCAGCAGCACGUGUUGCAGCAGCAGCAGCAGCAGCCGCAUCAGCACAUGCAGCAACAUUUGGCACUGCACCAACAGUCGAACCUGCAGGUUCAACAGACCAGCAACUCCCCAUAUGUGACCAUCAGUUUUCUGCCCAUGAGCCAGACGGGUGCAACAUCGGUGUAUCCUGGCCAGCAGUUCCUGUGUGCCACGCCGAGCAACAUGUCCGGCUGCUCCUGCUGCACGUGCAGCAGUUGCUGUCCGUCAAGGACAACCCAAGUCUGUCCAAUGCAGAUGGGCAAUCAGUACCAAAGUCCAGCCCACGGAAGCAACUGCUGCAUGCUGAGGCCAGAGAGCUUCGCAAAGGGCUGCUGCAAUGGUGCCACAUCCUGCUGUCCCUUGUCGAGUAGGGAAUCGCAUCCUGCUAUGGGAUUCGGUGGUCAGAUCAGUCAGCACACGGUGCACCCGGUUCUCGGAACCACUUGUGCGCUGCAGCAACAGCAGCCAAGUAUUCCGAUUUCGGGAGGAUUCUAUCCCUGUUGCUCCUGCCAGUCCCUGUGCAACCAGUGCUCCCAAUGCAGGAUGCACGCGCAUCCCUGUUGCCACUGCCUGGGAUUCUUCAACAACCAACAGGUGUUCCAGUCGCAGCAGCAGCAGCAGCAGCAACAAGCCCAAAGCGCCUGCUGCCCCUUGAAACCAAGCCAGCGACGCAACUACCCAUCCAAGGAAAAGGCCCAGAGGCCCAGCGAAAGAUCUCCCAAUCAGGACGGAAUAAAGCAUACAUUCUACAAGAAGUCCCAGGCUCAGGAGAAGCCCCUGGAUGCCCAACACAUUGAAGCCACCAGCAAGAGGACGCCAAUGCCCAGAUCCGUUGGCGGUGCAGCAUCUGUGAGUACCAGUCCCGGCCCAACCUCCCUGUAUGUGGCUCGGUUUGGCAGGACUUGCUUGAUCCUGAGACCCACCAGCAACGCCCUCAUGCCACGCCUCUUGACCAGGCGCAUCAGUCGCUACACCUCCGUGAUAGCCUGGCCAGCAAAAAGUGUGAAGCCUAAAUAGACAUUG